CUACGUCAUAACUGUGCUGCGACUGAACUGCGCUAUUGCUUUAAAUAAUCGCGAAGGUCUUGUUUUUAUUUUUGACACGUCUUACAAAAAGCAAUCAUGUCGACCGCAAUGAACUUUAGCAGUAAAUCUUUUCGGCCCCGUGCUCCAGACAAAGGAUCCUUCCCUCUGGAUCAUUUCGGAGAGUGUAAAGCAUUCAAAGAGAAAUUCAUGAAGUGCUUGAAAGACAACAGCUAUGAUAACUCCAUGUGUCGAGUACAGUCUAAAGACUACCUUGAAUGCCGGAUGGAUAAUCAGCUGAUGGCCAAGGAACCUCUGGAGAAGCUAGGGUUCAAAGACCUGAUGGACAAACCCAGCCAGGAGAACAAGGAGGCUAAACCCUAAACUUUCCUUCCUACACAGAUGGAUGCUGUCAUGCUUGAGUGAUAUUAGACACGACGAUAGCGUCUCUCGUCCACGUCUUGUAUAUAAAAUUACAAUGUAAUAUAUUGGGGGCAGUGUUUCAAGCAUUGUGUGUGUAUAUAAAUAUUUUUUGGUAAAUGAA